AAAAAAAAUGAAAAUCUCUGAAAAGUCUUGGGAUUUUUCAUCAUAGCUGUUUUCAUAGCUGUGAAGUUAGACUUCUAACCAGGUUGGGGGGUUUGGGUUGGGGUGGGAGGAGCCCAAAUCACUGGGGGUUGGAGAAGAAGUGACAAAAAUGUAUAAGUGUGAGAGGCCAUUAGGAGUAGCAAGGGAAGUAUUACUGGUUGAUAAUUAUCUUUUUGUUCUGCCGUACAGGAAACCUUGCAUAAUUAAGACCAACACACUUUUUAAUCCUCUGUGUUUAUGUUUAUGGUGGAAUAAUGAAUGCAACAGAGCUUAAUCAGACUGACUACUGCCUGCAGUUUUCCUGUCCAGAGAGAUCUGCACCUAACGCUGUGUAUGUGUUACUCUGUGUGUGUGCCUCUGCUGUAGUUCUGUUAACAGUGUUUGGAAAUCUGCUUGUCAUUAUCUCUGUUUGUCACUUCAAGCAGCUCCACACUCCAACUAACAUGCUCAUCCUCUCUCUGGCUGUAUCAGACUUUCUGGUCGGGCUUUUUGUGAUGCCGUUCCAUUUUAUAUGGCUGAUUGAAUCUUGUUGGCUUUUCGGGCACAUUUUCUGUGUUCUGUUUAAUUUUGUUAGUUUUCAGUUAACCAGUGUCUCUGUGGGCAGUGUCGCUCUCAUUGCUCUGGAUCGUUAUGUUGCUCUUAGUCACCCUUUUCUCUACUCACAGGGCAUUACAUCAACCGUUAUUCAUACAGUCAUAGUACUGGCAUGGUUCUUUUCCUUGUUAUACAACUUUGCAAUGUUUUAUGUAGGUGGAAAUUUCACUGAUUUAGUUAUGUGUCCUGGAGAAUGCCUCUAUUUUCUUGGUGAAACAGAUUCAUGGAUUGACCUGCUUUUUGUAGUUAUUGUUCCGUGCACUCUAAUGGUAGUUCUUUAUGUGCAGAUCUUCGUCAUUGCAAGGAGACAUGCCAAUGCUAUUAGAGAACUUAAUCAAAAUAUCCAAACCAUUUCCAAAGUCAACCCUGUUUCCAUGAAAUCUGAGAGAAAAGCUGCCAAAGUUCUUGGGAUUCUGGUGAUUGUGUUUCUGGUGUGUUUAGUGCCAUACUAUGCCUGUAGUUUGAUGACUUCUACGACCACAAUUGAUUCUUCUCACUUUAUAGUAAACAACGUUUUAAUUCUCUUCUACCUGAAUUCGUCUCUAAAUCCUGUCAUUUACGCCUUGUUUUAUUCGUGGUUCCAGAACUGCACCAAAAUGAUCUUGAGUUGUAAAAUACUGCAAUCAGAUUGCACUUUUGUAAAUGUGGUCGGAAUAAAAAGCUGAUUACAUCAAAACCAGUGCAGGCGAAAGUUGUCCUUUUAUACUCUUUAAUAAGAAAAAAUAACUUUUUUUCUGUUUUUUUUUUAUGAAUUUACAAUUAAAAUUUACACUAUGUUGGUUUCAUUUAGGGAAUAUAUAAUUAAAGUGUACAAAACACUAUACUUAUUACAACUUUUUAAUCUUAUCAUGUUAUUUGUUAAAAUGCAGGUGUACAGUUAAGAAUUUGUUGUGAUUCUGUGCAUCAUGGCUAAAGAAUCUUUAAAAAAAAAGUAAAUGCAUCACAUUAAAAGGCCUUUUCACAAUUGUAAUGUUUUAUGUUCAUAAGAAGCAUCAGUUUUGUGCAAGAGCAGAGUUGUGGAAAUUAUUUAUACCUCAUUUUCCUUUUAUAAGGGACAGUGUAUUACAUUAUUUAAUGUCAUGCCUUCGGAUAUUCCCUUAUCUAAUUUCACCCCAUCAUGUUUGUGAUACCUUGAUGUGUAUUUAGCAGUGGGUCUUUUUUUUGUAUUGUUAUUAGGGUAUACAUAAUAAGAAUAAUUUGUUCACAUUUGAUAUGAUUUCCUGCAUUUGUAAUUAAACUUAAUGAGGCCAAUUCAUGACAAAAGUUAAAUAAGCCAAAUAAAAAUGUCUAUUUUUGCUUGUG